CAGAGCCGCCACCGCUGAGGAAGUGACGGCUCCGGCGAAGCCGAGUAGGAAAUUGGAAGCGGCGGAGUGGAGAGAAGUGGCUCCGUCCCGUCCCCCGCUGUCCUCACUGAGCUCCGGACACCGCGGGCCGGGCUGCCUGGUUGGCCCGGUGUGAUGCUCCAGCUGUCGGGCUGGGUGGGUGAGAGCGGCCGCUGCCGGGACCAUGUCAGCCUCAGGCCAAAUGAUCACACCUGAUGUGGUGAUUCUUAAUGCAGAAGAUGCAAGCGAGUGGACUGAUUACCUUGUCAACCUGCUCACGUCAAGCCAUCACUUGGAGGUUCUGCCCUAUUCAAUAGGUGAGGACACCUCGUUUACCAGCCAGGAUUGCAAUCAGUUUAAGAAGUGUAAAUGCCUCUUGGUUGUCCUAUCACCGCAGUUGUUGGACUGGAUUGUUGUCGCUGGGCUGGAAUGUGGAUUGCACAAGGUACUGAGACCAGCACACAAAGUGGUCAUGCUGUUUUGUGGUGCUGUGGAAACACCGGAACUCUGGGCCUUGUUCAGAGACUGGAGGCAGUGGAGGCAGCUCUCCUGUGACGAUGAGCCCGAAUCCUUUGCUGCGGCUGUGGAAGAAGCCAUCACUGAGAGCAACAGCAGAGACUCUGGCCUUGAUACAACGGAAUCAGAAGGAGAGAAUCUAUCCAAAGUGCAGAGCAACUUGGCAAAAUCGACUGAGGUUUCACGUUUCACACCCCCCGAAGAACAUCGAGAAAACAUGGUGAAGGUUUUACCAGAGAGGAUCCAGUGUGGGGUACCACAGCAGGUUUUUGUUAUUCUAAAGGUCAAACUGGACAGCAAAAUAAAAAACGAAAUGGACUUUGCGUUGGCUAUGAAGAUGUCAGUCCGGGUUCCUGCAUUAUUUGUUAAUGAGUACACCCUGUCUGCCAACGCACCAGAUAUGCCUCCUGGAUUGGUUUCACUCACCAUCUACUCUGGAGAUCUGAAAAUAUGUUCAGCAACUUUAAUCUACUACACUGACAUGGAAGAAAUUGAGAACCUCUUGAACAAUGCCAUCAACCCAGUGGAAUUCAUGUGCCAGGCAUUCCACAUUAUACCGUAUAAUAGAGAAACACUGGACAAACUACUGACAGAAUCACUGAGGAGAAACAUGCCUGCCAAUGGCCUUCAUAUAUUUGGAAUUAAUCAGUUAGAAGAGGAUGAUCUGUCUACAACUCAACGUGAUAAGGAGCUCCCAACCCUACUUCACUUUGCAGCCAUGUAUGGUUUAAAGAACCUGACUGCUCUGCUGCUGCAAUGCCCUGGAGCUCUGCAAGCCUACAGUGUGGCCAACAAGGACGGCGAUUACCCAAACAACAUUGCAGAGAAGAAUGGGUAUAGAGACCUCCGGCAGUUCAUGGAUGAAUAUGUGGAAACAGCAGAUAUGCUAAAAACUCACCUCAAAGAAGAGCUGUGCGGUAACAUGGAGGGGGAAGAGAACGAAGACUUGUACGAAUCCAUGGCAACAGUAACCAAAGACAUCCUGAUGAAAUGCAGUCUAAAUCCGGGCUGUGAUGAGGACAUCUAUGAGUCGAUGAUGGAAAUGCUCCCUCCCUCCAGCGUAAUGGAAAGCACUUAUGAGUCCAUGUCCAACAUAUCAGGAAUGGCUCAGUCAGCUCCGCAUGUCCCUGAUCCCCAUGGUCCUACCAAAGAUUCCAUACUGAGAAGCUUCCUUCAAGGGACGGUGGAAUGCGAUGCCUCUUCGUGUGGGAGAGAAGAGGAAACAUACGAUACGAUGAUAGAAAAUAACCUUCCUCAGGAGAUUGUGAAGAGACCUCCAGCUCCUAACCCAAGAGUUCCUAUCGUUCCCAACGUUGAUGACAUGCAGCCCUAUAUUUCCAAAGUGUUUUGCAGUGAGGAGAAGAGAGUGGAGAACAUUUACAUCACGCCAUUAUGUUCCGCUGCAGGUGGACACCCCGGCCCAGCACUUCCACCACGCUCGAAGCGACCACUGUCCAGAGCCCCCUCCAGCGACUACGACCCAUUUGCAGGGAUGAAGACUCCUGGGCAGCGGCAGCUCAUCACCUUACAGGAGCAGGUGAAGCUGGGAAUGAUCAAUGUGGAUGAGGCCCUCCUGCAGUUUAAAGAAUGGCAACUCAACCAGAAACGCAGAUCAGACUCAUUCCGCUUCCAACAGGAAAACCUGAAGAAGCUGCGGGACAGUAUCACACGCAGACAGAACGUCAAAGGACGACUCGGCAAACAUCGAGGUAGUCUCAGCAGCCGAUCCAGUACUCGGAGUGUUUUGAGUUUAAGUAGUGGAGCGGAGGGCGACAAUGAGGACAACGAGCCAGUGACCUGCGGGCGUCUGAAUCGACAGCGGCCACCAAGUUUACCACCUCCUCGAAUUCCUCCCCGUGGACCAGCCAGGAGUCCAAACCAACCAUCAGCAAAGCCGGCUUCUGCUCCUCCAGUGCCACCUAGAGGCCGAUAGUCACAUCUCAAGGACAACAGGAUCUUCUGCAUGAAUCAUCAAACAUGCAACACACCUGAACCACCUGGGACAAGAAGUGUGGUUAAUUCCAAGUUUUACACCUUUACAACUUGUGCUAAACGUCUGCUGCACUAUUGUUGACACAACCAUGUAGGACAUCUCCGAGAAUGUCAGUGUAUUUAUUUGAAUCUAGAUGUGAACUACCAAAUUACUCAUUAAAACCAUGGAAACGAAGCAGAGAGCAGCUACUUUACACCAAGUGCAAUGAGACUGUGCUUGUCCGAGUCUCAAAUGAGCAACCAAUUCCCUACUUGACCCUGUGUGGUGCAAUGGCCACUUUUGUAGGAAAGUCGAACAGAUUGAACACGCAUCGAUUCUGCAUUCAAGAAGAAUCCAUUGAGCAUUUAACAAUUUACAUAACAAAUGAUGAACUAUUGGAAAGUUGAGGGUUGUGGGAAACAGGCAGGAAAGUGGAGCUGAGGCCAAAGUCAGAUCAGUCACGUUAUUGAAUGGCGGAGCAGUCUCGAGGGGCCGAAUGGCCUACUUGUGCUCCUAUUUCUAUGUUCUUAUGAUAUUUAGCUGAAUAAUUUUGCAUGGUACAAUCAUGAAGAUCUUCCAUCUGCUCCUGUUUCAUGACAGAAGUGUAGAUGGUUCCUCAAUCCAGUUAUUCCCAGAGGAAAUCUUUGGCAGGGCAACUCAAGAAGUCCUGAGUCUGUCUGAGAGAUUUAGGCAAAAUCACCCUUAAUAUGUAAACCUCUCUCAGCAAUGCCUUUUGCCAAAGGAUAAAUGAAAACCUGUAUAGCAGCCCUGAGUAUGAGGAUUGAUACCCCCCAGCAUCAGGGUUAGGGAGAUAGCAACUGCACAGUGAUCUUUUCCUAAGUACCUUUAUCAGGUACCUUUUGGAGCACUGAUCGGGGUAGAGCGGGCCAGCAGAUCCGGUCUGUUGCUGCAUUAUACGCAUUCCUUUCAGCAAGAAACAACACUCCUCGUUCUGAUGCUCCCCUUUGUGAUCUGUAAGCCCCUGACCAGUAAUAUACCCUGCUCCACAAUUCUUGCCCCACCCCAGUACCAUCAGGUGAAUAUGACUGAUUUCAGUGCUUUCAGUGCCACUGGUAACUGUGCAUUUCACUGAUUUACACUUUGAAGUCUAUGCAAAGUGCUUUAGAUUCUGGACUAACUUGUCUGUAGUGGGAGGAAGAUUUAUUUCUCGGUUCAUGGUCUGAUUUGCUGCAUUAACACAUCCCAUACAACUGGAUUUUUUCUGUAAUCUGAAUAAUUUUUGCUGUAAAAUACAAUCGUCUUUGUAAAAUAUUUAUAUGAAGCAUUUCAUUUUGGGGCUCUAGCAAUGUUUUGUCUGUUAAUUUGGUGCUCGGUUAGGAGAGAGAUGUGAGUUAGACAGUAAACGCCCUCUCCCCUACCCUGCAAAGUGCCUAUGCCUCAGUCUUGCAAGAGUAUCCCCACUGGGACAAUGAGGGGUGUCCCUGUCUCCUCCACUUGCAUCCUGUGAGUUUGCCUGGCUGGUGCCACCAGUCUCAUUGUUUGUCAGUAAGUCUACCCAAGAGAUCAUCAGGUAAGGGUGGAGAAGGAAAUGAGUACACAGGAGAGAGAGUGAAUCAACAGCAGGCGUGGUGACUGUUUCACACAGUGGUUGGAUUCAGAGGGCAUUUAAUGAGAGAGAUUGUGGUGAGUUCUGCUGGUACAAUGUUUUUGAAAUAAGUGUUAUUUUCAUUACGUGAGAUUUUGUUUAUGAAUGUUUAAACAACUGUAUGCUCUAAUGAUCAAAUUAACAUUCACCCUGAGGCGCACUGCUGUCUUUUUUUUAUUAAUUCAUGUGAUGUGAUCACCACUGGCAACAUAUCGCCCUCUCAGUUGUCUUUGAGGUUGGUGAGCUGACACCUUGAUUGCAGGGGACGUGGUAGUACACUGACCAGUGCUGCUGCCCCACAUCUCCAGGGACCUACGCUCGAUCCUGACCUCGGGUGCUGCAUGUGUGGAGUUUGCACGUUCUCCCUGGGACUGUGUGGGGCUCUCCUGGGUACUCUGGUUUCCUUCCAAGUCCCAAAGACUUGUUACUACAUUAAUUGACUGCUAUAAAUUACCACUGAGUAUAGGUUAAAAGGGAUGAGCACGUGUGAGAGAGUAAGUUGCAGGGAUACAGGGAAAUGAGGGGAGGGAGAAUGAGGUAAAUGGGAAUUACUCCCCAAGAGCCAGUGUGGACCCAGUGGUACCUCUCGUGUCAUUAUAACUGCUGCAGUCCAGCUGGUGAAGAUACUCCUGCACUUCUAACAGUCAGAGUGUUUCAGAAUUUUGACCCAGUGACAAUGAAGGACUAUUUAAGGUUAUGCUGGUGUGUGACUGUACAACUCACAGCCAUUUGGUUCAUCGAUUAAGAAUCUAUGAGGGGGAGAACAGGUUGGAGGGAAGUGUGGGGGAAUGAGACAUGGGAAUAAGCUGACAGCUGGCAUAGACUCGAUGGGCUAAAGGGAUCCUUCUCAGUCAUAAAAUAUGGGACCCAUGGAGCAGCUUGGUGGGCAGGGUGGUUUGCACACACCUGUUGACCUUCUCCUUCGAGGCAGUCGGAGGUCACAGGCUGGCCAGGUGAGGGAGAAGCUGUGGCGAGUUGUAUCUCCGUGGAAGGAAGAGGUGACAGCUGCAGGACAGCUCACUGCGUAAGGUGGCAGAGGCGAUGCUAUUUAAGCCUUCCCCUGAAUUACUUCAAGGUUUCUGUAUGUUGCUGGAGUUACACUCAUCCAAGCAGAGCCAGGAGUACUCUCCCGUGCUCCUGACCUGUAGCUGGUGGGAAAGCGUCAGGAGAUGGGCUCCUUGCUGCAGGAUACCCAGCCUCUGACCUGCUCCUGUAGAUGUGGCAUUUAUGUGCCGAGUUCUUUUAGAUUUCUGGCCACUGGUGACCCCUGGUGUUGAUUUGAUGAUGGUAAUUGCAUAGAAUGUGGUUAGACUUUGUGCACUUUAUCUUCCUGUGUGGUCUGACAGAAUCUGACCUUUAAAUGGAACAUAUUAUGUUUUGAUAUUGUUCUGUGCACCAGUGUUAAGUGAUUUGAAAAUACACAAAUAUUGUCAAAUCUAUCUGAAAAUAUGGACUUUAAUCACAAUGUUGCAGUCUUAGGAAUUAAAGUCAUGUA